AUGGCGUACAACGCCGUCUCCCAGGCCGACCAUGAUGCGACCUACAACGCCAGCGACUCUGAUGCCUCCCGCAGUCCCUCUCCACGUCGCCGAUCGUUCCAACAGCUACCCUUAGAUGCGGAUCAUAUUGGAGGAGGCUCUCAUUUGCAGACCGCGAAGAGUGCCCAGGAAUCGAAUAUCCCAAGUUUAGGCUCGAUGAUCCGAUCCAUGACCUCCACCAGCUACGAUAUGGUCGAGGAAGAUGACUACGAAGCCGUCGAUCCUUCGGCGAGCCGGAGGUCUAAUAGUCCCCGUCGCGUGCCUCCGCUCAACACUACCGUUGGCGCUACGACGAGCGCUACCUCGCCCACUGCCCACGCCGGCUCCCCUGAACCGCCCCUCCGGACCCCUAUCACCGACACCCCCGUUCCUCUCUCCCACCCGACCCCCGGCCUUGAAUCGCUCCAAGGUGCCUACCUCAAUAAUGUCGAGCGUCUGGAACGGAGUGCCGAACGUCUCAGCUCCAGCUCGGCAGAUAUCGGAAGUGAAAUUCGCCGCAUGAACCGCGAACAGAAGAAACGUUCCUCCAGUUCCGCCUCAAACGCGACCGCCGCUGACGGCUUCCCCUCCCGGGCCAACAUGUCCUCUCAGGGGUCAAUUCAAUCGGCCUCGCGCCUGGCACAGGUGUCCGAACAUGGUCCUGAAGAACGCUAUUACCAACCGACAACUCGAGAUCCCGUGGAACCUAUGCUACCUCCGCCACCGCCGCCUCAUAACCACCUCAGCCACGUCGACCUCGAUUUCAACUACAAUCAUGAUCAUCAGUACGACCUUUCGCCCCCCGAUGAGAUCGAACGACCCGCCACGGCGGCUUCGACCGACACGUAUCAACAGGCUCGGGCCUUGUUUGGAGACUUUGACGGUGUACACUACGUGCCAGGGGACAGGGGCCAUGACUUGGCGCGACAGCUGUCCUUGACGAGGCCACCACUAGCCCGAAACUCUGAGUCCCACAAGGAGCCCCGGAAUGGCGAAGACAUGGUGUUCUAUCCUGCCCCGGUGCCUAGGAUGUUGAACCUGCCGCCGAAGCUGUCUCAACGGCCCAAUGCCGACCGGGAGAAGCGUCGCACACAACUACUGGGGUCGGUCCCUUCGGAGAAUCGAAAGUCGGCCCCGUGGCUGGCGGCGACGGAUUCCCAGGAUGGAGGCGCAGCGAAGCCUGAGAAGCAGCUGAAAAACCUCCCUCCCCAACUUCGUGCCAGCGUCUUCUUCGAGCCGCCGGCUGCGACGCUUGACAUCGACGUCAAGAAAGAAUCGGCCGUAGAGACGCUUGAUAGCAUCCUCGAUGCCUCGGCACACGCCCCCGUGACUGCCUUCACCGACCAUCCGUAUGCCGGUCACCUGGGCCGGGAGGUUUACGGCAGCACCAAGCCCAAGGUGUUACGCAAGAAAAACCCCUCCCGGAGUGCCCUGCUGGCUCCCCAACACUCCGACUCCGACACGCGGGCCAACUCACUCGCGUCACGUCAGCCAUAUCUCCAAACGGAGGCAGACGCGGCGAACUUACAUGAAGGGACAUCGUUACGCGAAGGAUCUCGUGACGGCCCUGAACAGGAUGGAGAGCACCCCUAUGGUGACGAGGAGGAAGAGAAGGAGCCGGAGGUUCCGUUCACGGGGCCUCCCACGACCCUUCUCGCGGAACUGGAGCAGAGGAAGCAUCAACUUAAACAACGGAACCGCACUGCCGCUACCGAUGCCAUGCAUUCCACUCUGCUGCAAAUGGAUGCCGUGGCUCAAAAGCAGAGCGAGCAUAGGCGGCAGCGGCCUAUCACUUUGGCCUGGGAGGGCAACGAUGCUCACAAUGCCGACGAGGAAGAGGACGACGACGUGCCGCUGGGCAUGCUCUUCCCGGACAAAACACACCCGGCCGACGAGCAGCGCCCGUUGGGCCUCAUGGAGAAACGAGAGAUGGAGGAAGGGGAACCCUUGAGCCACCGCCGCGCACGACUACGUGGUGAAGCGCCGCCCCCUCCGCCCCGUACCCCUGACAGGCGCCCAGUGACGAUGUACUCGCAGCAGGUCCCGGCCGCUGAAGGAACGGCGGAGCCCGAGAGCGGCGACGAGGGAGAAACUCUGGCGCAGCGCAUUGCACGCAUGAAGACAAACAACCGCACGAGCACCGCGGCCGAGAGUGAAUUCGCCACGGAGAUCCUUGCGGAACUCAGUCACUUGCAGGGCGAUGAUGACAAGCCCAAGGAGGUUGCCCCCGAGGACGAAACGCUGGCACAGCGGCGCGCUCGACUGCAGAAGGAGGCGGAAGCCAAGAAUUCUACCCUCAAGAUCCCCAGAUACCGCAGAAGCAUGGCGGACAUCCUCCACGCCCGGCGACCGGUCCCCGUGCCUCGCCCGUCAUUCAACGAGGCCGCAGCAACCCAAAGACCCGCUACUCAGCGCCAUCUUGAUCACCGGAUGUCCAUGCAACAAUUCCCGACGAAUUUCGGAAUGUCCGGGCGUGCGUCCUACCAUCCAGGAGCCGCGAGGACGGACUCGUUUGGGCCUGGACCUGCCAUGGCCCAUCCAAACACCUUCUACUCCGAUGCGGUGCUCGGGAUGGGCCAUAUGAGCUACGCCAUGCCACAUAAUUACCAUGCCAAGGACGGUCCGCAAGUGAUUGAUCCCGGUCAGCGGGAUGUGAUUGAUCGUUGGAGACAGAGCAUUGUAUAG